CUCUACCGGCUGCAACCGAUGAUAAACGAGUACUGAAGCAUAUCAUGAUUGAUAUUCUCAACCUAAGGAAUGGAAUGGAAGAUAACCUACUCCUAAUCCAACAAAUCAACCAGAUGAUACAGAAGGAAGGAGAGGAGCAGAAGAGGUUAGAUGAUGUGAUCCAUGCUGCCCAGCAACAUAUUGACUCCAUUAACACAGUGUAUACACUGGGAGUAUCCUGGCUUAAAGAUGAUACUGAUUUUGCUCUCAGUUUUAUUCAAGAUGAUUCUGUGGAGAGAGAGGAGAUACCGGUGGAGGGGAGUGAAGAUAUGGAUAUUGAACCUGAUAAAGAUGCAAAUCUUGAGGUAUUCGGAGAAAUAAAAAUCGAAACAGAGGAUAUUGAUAAUCUGAAAUCAACUAUUAUAGAAGAUAUAAAACUAGAAGAAGAAUGCCAAGAAGCUGAGAUAGAGAUAGAAGAUGAAGAACCUGGUGGUGAAACUAUUCUAGAAUAUUCUUGUGAAUUAUGUGAAAACAAAUAUUCUUCCUCAAAGGAUAUUUUCUUCCACAAACAAAUAGCUCAUUCGAAAUCCACGUUUUCAUGUACACAAUGCAAAUUUGUGACGGUUUUCAAGAUAAACUUGAGAAUGCACAUGCAACAAAAUCACAGGGAAAAUAUCUCUUAUUGUGAUUUAUGCGACUAUUUUGGAAACACCGAAGAGGAGCUAAAGAAACACUUGGCCGCGAACCAUGUUGGAGAAAAGUUGAAUUGUGAUCAGUGUGAAUAUAUUGGGUUUAGGCAGGAAAUGAACUCGCACAAGAGAAUAAGCCAUGAAGGUGGACUGUAUAAAUGUGAUCAAUGUGAGUAUAAAUCAAGAACAACGAAAUAUUUAAAAAUGCACAAAGAAAAAGAACAUGAAGGGGUUCGUUAUUACUGCGAUCAGUGUGAAGGCGUGUUUGGUUUAGAGAAUAAUCUGAAGAGGCACAUUAAAAAUAUUCACGAAGGAUUUAAAUAUUCCUGUGACAAGUGUGAUUAUCAGGCAGCACACUUAUUCAUCAUAAAAGAGCACAUUCUUGAAGUUCAUGAAGGAAUACCUCAGGCAAAGUAUCUUUGCGAUGAAUGCGAUCAUUUAUCCAAGUCACUGCGAAGUUUAAACAAACACAAGGAGGCCAUUCACGAGAAUAAACGGCGCAGUACUCGAUGUCUAUCAAAAUUUCUAUGCGAUCAAUGUGAUUUUGUAACACAUCGGAAAAUCUAUUUCACACAACACAUGUCAGCACACGAUAGUCAGCCGAAAAGUUGUGACCAGUGCUCAUUUUUAGGAUUAACAAUACAUUGUUUGAAAAGACACGUUAAGGAGAAACAUGGAGAUGAAAAGAAGAAAUAUCCCUGUGAUCAAUGCAAAUACUCAGCAAAAUUUAAAGCAAGAUUGAAAAUUCACGUGGAAAGUGUUCAUUUAGGCAUUAAGCACCCAUGUGAUCAAUGCGGUUUUGCCGCGUCAACAAAAUAUAAUCUGAUAAAUCACAAAAAGAGCAAGCAUGAAGAUUCAAAAUUUCCUUGUUCAAUUUGUGAACAUGUUGCUACGACACAAUAUGGUCUGAAUAAACAUGUAAAAAGUAAACAUAAAUGACAUUCGCAUUUUAAAAUAGUUUGAGGGAGGUUGGUUAAACUGCAAUGCUGAAAUUAGUGUAUUUACCGAUUGCUACGGAAGUAUUUUCAUUGUAGUUGUCAGUUUUAACUUCCAUAGUCAAGUUUUUUAGAGAGAUUUAUUAAUCAAUCAAAAGAUUAAGCGUUAAAAUUCUUGAUCUUUAUUUUACUUUCAGAUUAACAAUGAAAAGUAAAACCAAACCUGACUCUCUUAAAGAUAUACUAGCGGGGAAUGUGGAUAUCGUUGGAUUAGACUACAUAACAGAAUAUCAGAAUACGGAUGAAAAUGUUGUUCAUUACUAUCACUGCUCCCUCCCUGGUUGCUUUAACGAGCAAGGAAAUCCGCGACAAGUCUUGAAGCAUCUGAAAUCUUAUUCACAUAAACAGGCAUGGAUUCAAACCAAGUUCCAAAUUAAAGUAAAAACCAGAAGUGGCAUAGAAGAAUUUUUAAAGAAACAUGGUGAAGAUGUUUCUAACUUUCAAACCCUUAUCAGUGAUAAGCUUUGGCUUGAAUGCAAAAAAGCAAGGUUGCGUGCUGAUGUCAACUUGAAACCUGAGUUAGUUCCUAAAAAUACAUCUUCGCCUUCUAAGGCUUUAACAGAAAAUACUACUGCGGAGUCUGUCAGGGAGCACUCGGAAGCCUCACCCUAUUCAGCCGCUAAUCUAGUAAAUGCAGAUGUAAGAACACCUGAGAAAAACAAGGAUAAGCUGUCCAAGAUGGUGGAUGAGAAUUCUGCUCAAAGAAUUAAUGAUUCUCUUCCAUUUAAACAAUUAAGUAUUCAACAAUAUCAAAGAAAAAAUGCACAGAGCACCAGUUCUGUGAAGAGCAAUGAUCAUCAAGUUCAAGGAAUUUGUCCACUGGAGACCACUUCUAGUUUAACAAAAUCUUCAUCUUCUACUACAACACCAAUUCACACAACUACUCCAAGUAAAACUACAACCUCUGUUACAGCUGCUCCAGGUUAUGCUACAACCUCUCCUAAAGCCACUCUGAGUGUACCUACAUCGUCUAUUAUAAUCCCUCCAAGUGAAUCUUCAUCCUAUCCUGAUCCAAACCAGAAGCCACCCUCUGCAAUUUUAUCAAUUCCUGCAGAUUCUACUUUACUUGAAGAGAAUGCGGCUAUAACAAGUCUAUCAAUUAGAUUGUCUGAUAAAGUCGCUUUGGAUCUAACAGCAGUGAAUAGUAUGGAGCAGGGGCAUGAAGUGCCUGAAGAAGAAGCUUUUAAUGAUCAAGUGCCUGAAAAUCAAGCUGCUAAAGACCUAGUGACUGAAGAAGAAGCUUUUAAUGAUCAAGUGCCUGAAAAUCAAGCUGCUAAAGACCUAGUGACUGAAGAAGAAGCUUUUAAUGAUCAAGUGCCUGAAAAUCAAGCUGCUAAAGACCUAGUGACUGAAGAAGAAGCUUUUAAUGAUCAAGUGCCUGAAAAUCAAGCUGCUAAAGACCUAGUGCCUGAAGAAGAACCUCAACAAGUAGUUUUAGAGCAAAGGUGUGUUGACAAAUCUAACGAAGCUUUAGUUUUACAAGGCACGUUGGAGAAGAGAACAUUUGUAGAUGUUAAACCUGAAAUAGAUGCCAUCAUCAAACCUGAACCAGAUUCAAGAAUUAAAGAGGAGAAUAAACCAAAAGAUUUGUUGAGAUUAAACACAGAGUGUGUUGAAGAAGUGGCACGAAAACCUGGAAUACCUGAAGAUCCAGAGAUGAAAUUCAAGAAACUAGUGACGUCGAUUGUUAACGAUAUUCUCCUAAGGCAUUAUCGAUAUGCUCCAAAGGCAGAUAAAGAUAAAGACCCAGAAAGUUUCAAGAUUCAAUCAAAAGAAGAAUUUGAACGUUUGAACCAGAAGUUUUCAAGAAAACUCAGAGAAGAUAUAAGAGAAUCCUACAGCAGUAUGUAUGGAGGAAUUGAUAUGAAUGAUCCUAACAAACUUCAAACACCAAUAAUAAGUUACGAAGAACUGCUGGGGUAUCCAAUAGAAGUGGAAAUUCAAAAAUAUUUUGAAGACUCUGCCAGCUCCAGGGAGCGGAAACUAAAGCGUGUCUAAAGACUUUUGUAAUGUGACUUUGAUGUUUAUAAAACAAAAAUCCUCUGGUUAUCAUGGCAGCUAUAAAAGACAAUUUUUUGGCAUUUAAUCUUUGUGCUUUACAUAUAGUAUUUCAGAA